GCUACCGAAUAAAGAAGUAUGGCAAAGCAGCAAGAAGACGUUAAGAAGAGAACAGUACUAGUGCCUGUUGAUGGCAGUGAACACAGCGAGAGAGCUUUUGACUGUGAGUAUUGGCGUCUUUCGUGACUCGCAGUGCAUAAUUGACCUAUUCGGCUUAGGUACAUUCAUUGUUUUCGGACGAUCGAUCUUUUUCCCGUAAAAUCGCAGCUUAUUUUUCCCCUAUCUACACACGAGGCGUUGAACUUGUCUGCUCAAAUGUUUAAAGCUUUCAGUUUUUAUUUGACCGGCUCAACUCAAAAAACAAAAAAAAAACCAAUGAUUUCCCAUAUUCCACACUCGCCGAGGAUUCGACGGUGACAAAUUAGAUUGCUCCACCUUAUUGCAGAGAGAAUAUUUUCUUGAUCAAAUAAAUAUCAACUGGAUCAUUAUCAGUCUUUUAUAAUCGUUGUCAGCUGGUUAUACUCUACUUAACAGCUCUGUGCCAAUUCAUCUGGGAAAUUUAUUUGACAAUUAAGCACCUUUGCUUAGCACGUUUUCCGUAUGGGUGUCCUGGGACAGUUUUAAUUUAUGAAGCAGUUGCUCCAAAGGGUGCUUUGGUCGAGGAAAAUUCCCGUCUAGUUCCUCCGUACGUUUCUUAGUUUUAACUGAUGUAGUAACAUCAUAUGAUGCCAAGAUACGAUUAAAUUUUUUUUAUUUUAUUGAUAUGUUACUGAAUAUCCAACUCAAGAUUUCUUACUGCAGAAGCCAAUACCAAUUGAGAAUAUCCUAUUCUUUUAGUAAAAUACUGAAAUUGUGUACUAUGUUGAGAACACGUUUUGAACAACUGUGGUGAAACCAAAAUCUCAGUAAUGAUCAUACAUGUAACAGCUAGUCAAUGCGAAGGAAAAUGUCACUAGGAGUCAAUUAGAAUUUGAAAUAAAAAUUUGUAAAUUGCCUAAACCUUUGGAAAACAUGAGCAACCAAGUUGGUAAUGAAUUAAGUUUUGAAUUUGAUUUUCUAAGAGAGUGAAUUUUAUUUUCAAGACCUGAAUCAGAGAGCAAAGUGAAGCAACCCAUUGCAAUCAUGGACUACUUUCAACACUUAUUUAGAAAUUACCCUUAGCUAAGACUCAGGCCUCUUAAAACCAAUCCUUUAAUUCUCUGGUGGCACAUGCUUAUUAAGGCCAAAAAAGUUGAUUUACACACUUGUGCAUUUGUCAGCUUAUCAGAGCACUUUUAUUUGUAUUUGAUAAAAUAUGGGUACCAUUCAUGCAGCUUAGUGAGAAUUGUAUAUGAUAAAUUCCUUAUGUUUUCCCAGGGUAUACAAAGAAUUUUUAUCGCAAGGAUGAUGAGAUAUUGGUGUUCCAUGCAGCAGAGGUACCAUCACUACCAGCCACGCCAUAUCCAUGUAAGGUUCUACAGUACUUGUAAAAUAAUUUCUUCUGUGGUAUGGUGUUAUAAAGAUACACUGCCAGCUCAGGCCUUAUAAAUUUCUGCAGUUAUAGCUUUUAUUCACUGGCUGUGAGUGCAACAAUUUAUGCAGAUCCUAAUGCAAAAGUGACCUUUUCAGGUGAAGCUCAUUAAAACUCAUGAAGUUCUCAAACUUCAACUCCAAUAUUCUUAUUUAUUUCCACAGCUUCUUGUACAGUCUCUCCAUCCUCAUGAAAAGUUUUCAUAUUCUGAAGCUUCAAUUGUUUUAUAAUGCACAAGCUGUAAUUGCAACGCCUUUAAGAAUUAUGGAAUAUGUUUCUCAUUGCAAAUGAAUACUUUUUCUUGGUGUCUUUAAUUUAGUAAGUUUUAAUAGUUUAAUUUAGAUAAAUUUUGUUUUUCUAGAUGGUUUUGAAUUUACUGAUGGAUGGAAGAAGCAUCUUGAAGAAAGUGACCAAAAAGCCCGCACACUUUUAGAAUCCUACUACAAGAAAUGCCAAGAAAGCAAUGUAGGUAACAGUUCCAUUAAAAAAACUCAAAAUAAAUAAAUUAUUUUGUAUUUGAAGGCCUCUCUAUAUAAAGAUUUUAUCCUAGAUGUUGCAGAGAUAUUUUAACCAAAGAUACAGUAUAUGUACAUAGGCUGUGCUCAGUUUUUGCUCAAAUUGGGUUUACUUAAUGGUUAUUUUAUUUUUAUUAAUACCAAUAUAUGCAAUCCAGGAUGGAUUGUAGCUUUCAUUCCAUUUUAUUUGAAAUUGCGUAAUGAUAUAUUUAACUUUCUUAUUAGCUUGUGAUUAACUCUGCAGCCUCAGCCUAUGCAGCAUUUUUUCUAAAUUUCAGUCUUCUAUGCUUGUGACUCAAAGGCAAAUUUGGUGACCUGCAUUCUGCAUAUCAGUAUUUAUCUUUUUGAAAAGAUCUGUAUACAAGUUAAUACAGGUUUAGAGCUUCCUUGUUUUUGGUGAAUUGAUCCUGAAGAAUUUGCCAUGGUUGAAUUGCAUGGCAACAUAUAUUUAUGCUCACUAGAGUUCGCAAGAACAUCUACUCUACUUGCAUAUUUACAAAUUUGUAUUUAACCUUUUGCUCUUUUAUUGGUAUAUUUUGAUUCUCACUCUUCUGAAAAGUGGAUCUUUUAUUUUUCUGGCAGCUGAAAUGCCGGCUCAUCAAGGAGAAUGGAGCUCCAGGAGAGGCUGUGUGUAAAGUUAUCAAAGAAAGAAAAGUUGAUCACGUGGUAAUGGGAUCCCGUGGGUUGGGCACAGUAAGCCGUGCUCUUGUAGGGAGUGUAAGUGACUACUGUCUUCACCAUUCAAGUGUUCCUGUGUCAGUUGUUCCACCUCCAGAUCGCUUUGAGCAUCAUGGAUUUGCUAACUUACAUUGA